AUGUCGUUGACGCCCAAGGAGGCCUUUGCCAAGCUCCCCCAGAAACUACACAAGUUCUUUAUCCGGUACCCGCCGCGGCCCUUUGCCUCGUACCUGGACAAACCGUCCACCAUUAAGGACCCUGCGUUGAACCCGUUCUUGCCCAACAAAAACAGCGAGACGGGCCGCUGGCACUCGGCGAAGGUGUCGUUGAGGAGACUGGCGGACUUGUACAAGAUGGCCCGCAAGUACGGGAUCGAGGACCUCUUGCCGCCGGUGCCCCACCGCAAGUUCCACGAGGACAAGUACGAGAACAAGAACUGGAUGAGGGGCGUGUUGUUCCAGAAGAAGCAGAAGUGGGAGCGCGAGCUUCCCGCCAAGCUCGAGAGGCGGAGAGUCGCCUUGGAGAACAUGGACGAGACGAUUCUCGCGGCCCGGCCCUCGUACAAGAAGCAGCUUGCCAAGAGAGAGCAGAACAAGAGGACGUGGUUCUGA